UAAAGGAGCUGCCUUAAGUUCAGGAAGUAGUGGAUAGGUGCAUAGAGCCCAUUCUAUUCGACAGUUUUUUUUUCAGCUUUUAUUUUGAAGCUCCAAACAGGAAGUCCUUUUCUGCUCGUCUCUUCUAGCUUCAUUUAAAAGCUCGAAGCGAAAGUGUCUCGAGAUUCUCGUCCUGCAGUUUGACAGUUUCCGGAAAAUUUGAACGUGUGUUUUGAUGCGCAGGUGAGGAUCACAACUGCAGGUGCAGAUAAGAGAUGGACACGUUUAAGUAAAAUAUUAUUCUCUGACUUUUAAACUUCUUACAUCGUACAGCAGGUGUGUGUUUACAGGACCGGAAGUGUAGCGAUAGGGCUCAGUUUUACAGCUCCACUAACAGCUGACAGUAUAUAGCCUAUUUGCUAACUCCAGCUGCUCAUUGGCCUGAACUAUAGGGGUAUGGGUGCAGCUUCUGUAGGAGAUAGAUGAUAUAAAACGUAAAAAUAAUUAAAUAAAUAAAUAAAAAAGAUUAUUUUUGAAGAGUAAAGCUGGUUUAAGGCGUUUUCAGGAUUAAGAUUAAAAAUAAAAUUGAAGCAGAAUUCCUGUAAAAAAAAAAAACAAACAAAAAAAAAAACUCCAUUACUUGCUCUGUUCAUGCAUAAUUAGGAUUUUUGCAGUAUUUUACAAACUGAAAGCAUCCAUGUCUAAUUUUGAUUUUAUUUGACAUGAUUACUUCAGGAUAUCCUUUUAAUAACUUGUGGCUUGCCGAAUUUUACAUUUUUACUUAAUUUUCCUCCUUUUUUGUCUUCUCAUUUAAAACUUUGUAGGAGCUUAAGCAGUGUUUUUAUUGUAGACACAAACCUACUUUUGCCUCCACAGAAAAUAGUGGAAGUUAUGUUGCUUCUUUAUGGUUUUACAAUUUGUUUAUUGUGCACACCUCUGCUCAGUGUAUUGUAACCUCUAUACUGAGUGCACUGAUCUUUAUUGGCUUACAGGUAAACAUUUACCCCUCAGUCCAUCUUCUGUGUGCACACUAAACCUGUCAAUAAUGUCUGCACUGCGAUGACCUCUGCUCUCUUGUUUUUCUCUAAGCUUUACACCCAAAUGAGUAAACAGGCCUUUUAAAGUGUCUGUUCUUGCAGACUUGAACUCCCUUCGCAUAGAUUUGCACACGCCUGAGCCCAUUCUGAGAAGAACAGCAACAAAAUGGAGUGAUAAAUUUAGAGGGAGAGACAGUUUUCCCGCAACUUUGGAUUCCUGCUCAGAUUGUUGCACCACACCCUUUUCUUUUGCAACUCAAAGAAACUAAAAAAAGCGCACACCCAGAGUGAAUAGUUGAGACUAUUUGCUGUCUAUUUUGAUACCUUGAUAAGUUUAAUCUGCAAAGUUGCAGAAAUGAUGCAUGAUCAAGCAUGUGCAUUAAAUUUUUGUGCAAAAAAUCAGCUCUCAAAAAGAACUCAAUCGUAUAUUGAUCUAUUUUCUUGCACGCUGUUGUUUGUGUUGUUGGUGCUCAUGUAAUUGCAAAAGCAAAUUCCUAUGUGUAUUACACAAUAGUUAAUAAAGGAAUCUGAAUCUGAAUUCAAUUCUUCCUGCAUGUGGCGUGCACGUUGAGGCAAGCUGCUUGAAUUUUAACAUCAGUGAUGACCAAACAGCAAAGUAAAAAAAAGAGAGUUUGCAGAGGCUGUUAUUAACAAUCAGAGUUUCUUUCUUAUCUCCUCUGCUGAAUCAAAACAUCAGUAUUCUGUUUAAACAUGAUCAUCAACUUGAUUUUUUUGCAUUAAUCACAGCCUGGAAAAAAUUGCAUGUUUGUUUAUCUAAAAGUUGAUAUUUCCUGCAAGUGUUUCUGAAGCGUCUUUUGAGUUUAUACUGACUCUGACUCCCCUGCAGUGCCAUGCAGGCUUUGCUUCUCACUGCUAUUCUGUUUGAGUAGUUAAUAAGAACAUAUCUGAGUUAUUCUAUGAUGUUUAACUUCCAUAUGGAGGACUGAAAGUGUAGUUAUGUGCAUGGAAUAUGUAGGAAAAUUGCCUUUCUCCACUCACAGUUUAUGAGAUUAUUGUUUUCAUUGCAGAAACAGCUUUAUAAUCUGUUAAACAUGUAUGCUGUUUUUCUUAGAAUAUAUGUAGAGAGACUCCUCACAUCACUCUUUCAUCAUUAUCCGCCCUCCUCUCUCUCUCUCUCUCUCUCUCUCUCUCUCUCUCUCUCUCUGCUGUAAGAACCUUCAGUGGGUGUUUCUCUAACUGCAUGAUAAUUUGCUGUGAUUUCUCCUCCAGUGUUUCUACUCUGACAGCAUGAAGCCCACAUGUUUACAGUCCUCUCUGCUGCUGCUGCUGCUGCUACUCCUGGAGGUGAGCCAGGUGUUUCUUCAGGGGAGCAGGAAGCCAAAUUUUGUCCUCAUGAUGGUGGACGACCUCGGGAUCGGAGACCUGGGCUGCUACGGAAACAAAACCCUGAGGUAGAGCUGGUUAUUCCACAUUGUCAGCAUAAUUAGUUUUUCCUCAACUUUCCUUGUUUCAGGUGAUAAAACGCACCUGACUUGAACUCAGAGCAAUGAGAGAAAACAGACUUUGUCGAAAUGUUGAGCCUGUCUUCUGACUCUUGAUGAAUUCUGCUCGCAGGACUCCAAAUAUUGACCAGCUGGCAGAGGAUGGGGUGAAGCUGACGCAUCACAUCGCUGCAGCCAGUCUCUGCUCCCCCAGCAGGGCUGCAUUCCUCACCGGGCGAUACCCGAUACGAUCAGGCCAGUCCAGCAGAAAAACCUUUACUGACUGACAGAGUGCUUAAUGUUGGUCUUCAGGCAGUCAAAACAACAGUUAAACACUGUCACAUUAGACUGAUCUUUACUGUAGAACCUGCAGAGCAGCCAUUCAUCCAAGGACUGAAUUAUUCAACAGAGAGUCGACACAUAAUUUGAUAUCCAGGGUGCAAAAAAAACAGAAUUUUACAAAGGCAUUCAUUGUUUUCCUCAUUGAUUUCAAAUACGGAGCAAAAGCCCUGCAGAGGUUUGUUGUAUAACAAGGUAUUUUUUUUGCAUAAUUUUUCUCUCUUACAGGAAUUUAUGGAAAGGGUAGAAAUUUAGUCUUUAUAUUAAAUGCUGCACCUGGAGGCCUCCCCGGCACAGAAAUCACUUUUGCAAAGAUGGCCCAACAACAAGGCUACGAGACGGCCCUCAUAGGUGAGCCGCACUUAUCCUCAUCUGCACCCGUUUCUUUUUUUUUUGUAAUGAUAUUUAUUAUUUAAAUCAAAGAGUGCAAAUAAGGUAAAUAUUUUUUGCUCGAUUUUUACAUAAACAAAAGUACUAAAAAAUAUACAAACAAUGUAAAUUAAUAUAAUAUUAACAAAAUUUAGUGUCAUAGUCAUGACUAAUGGGAGACAACAAACUAAAGUAUAAUCAAAAUUGAAUGAAAAGAAAUACAGAACACAAACAUACGCAAAAAAUAAUGGUUAUAAUACAAAAUUGGGAAAACAUAAUUAUAUAAAUAGUGAAAAAAAAAAAAAUAUAAUUUGCAACCUCUAUACUUUUGCACUUUAGCAACACAAAAGUGUACUUAAGAGGGUACAUACCCUCUCCCCCCACACAUCCAUCCCAUGAGCUAGGUUUGGUAAAAAUAAAUAAAUUAAUGAAUUAAUAAAAUUCAUUAAAAUAAAUAAGUAAAUAAAAAAGUAUAUAUAUAUAUAUAUAUAUAUAUAUAUACAUAUAUAUUUAAUUUAAUUUUAUAUUUUUUAUUUAUAUACAGUACACAUAUAUGUAUAUUUAUAAGUAUCCAUCUAUCCAUCUAUCUAUCUAUCUAUCUAUCUAUCUAUCUAUCUAUCUAUCUAUCUAUCUAUCUAUCUAUCUAUCUUUCUAUCUAUCUAUCUAUCUAUCUAUCUAUCUAUCUAUCUAUCUAUAUAUAUACAUAUAUAUAUAUAUAUACAUACAUGCGCAUACAUACACAUAUAAAUACAUAUACAUAUAUAUAUAUGUAUCUACAUACCUACAUACACACAUACUUACAUAUAUAAUCAUCUAUUCAUUAUCAUAAUACACCUGUUUUUAAAGGGCAAUUCUGUUUUUUUCUUUUUUUUUUUUUUUCAGAAGACAUCACCUCAGCCUACAUCUACUAAACGGGCUGCAACAUUAGGGCAGAACAUGUCCACUAAAAGCACACAUUUUUCCCUGUCAGGCUCAGAUUGUUAGUUGAAGUGUCUGAAACCUGAACAGAAAGGAUCCCUGCAGAGAGAAAGAUGCUUUUUAAAACAGAAACAGCUGGUGCAUUACUCCUUUAAGGCUGACAGGCGGCUCAAACACUGAAUUUACCUCACACAAGAGUGGAGUUGCGAGUGCACAGCUUUGACAUUGACUUGCCAUGUUCAUAAUUGCAGAGAAAUGUUCAGGAUGAGCUGUAGAUAUGAACAUAAACAGCAGUUUUCUCUUUUGUAAAUAUUCUGUCUUUUGCAGGAAAAUGGCACCUCGGUCUGAACUGUCACACCAGAGAGGAUCACUGCCACCACCCUAGUGCUCACGGCUUUAACUUCUUCUUUGGCAUCCCUCUGACCAACCUGCGGGACUGCCAGUCGGGGCACGGGACUGUCUUCCAGAUCCAGAAGUACCUCCCCUAUGGGACUCUAUGUGUCGUCUUCCUCAGUGCGGUUUUACUCCAUUACUGCGGCUUUGUCUCGAUCCGCAGAGGGCUGGUCCUGGGUCUGCUGACUCUGCUGCUCCUGGCUGCAGGUCUGUUUUUAGGAUUCAUCAUAGUGAUCCCGUACUUUAACUGCAUCCUGAUGAGGGACCACAGGGUCGUGGAGCAGCCAUUUGUUUCUGAAAACCUGACACAGAGGAUGACUGAGGAGGCCGUGGGCUUCAUGGAGAGGUCAGCUCAGCUUCCCUUCAUAUGUGUGAAUUAAGAAUGAGUUAAUGAGUUACAGAUUAAUGUCUGUAUGAUCAUGGUUAAAAUGUAAUCUGGCCCAAGAUCAUUUAGUUUUAAAACAGAUUUAAAAGUGAGUAACACAUUCUUACAGUCUUAUCUUAACAUAAUCUACAAUCUGUGGGUUGGACACAUUUAAAGGAGUGGCAGCUUCUAAAGAUACUGUAAGAAAUGACCUCACCAUAAGCAGAAAUGAGUCAAAAGUCAAAUGACUCUUGAUCAACCUGUCCUUCUCCUCAUCCACAUAGGGCUCUUUAAAGGACAUGCAUUUAAAAAAUAUUAGGUCGACCAGCAGGUUGUUUGUUAUUUUAUUUUGCGUUAGUUGGAAUCUGGGUUUAUACUUAUGUAUUUGUUAUUCCUGCAGGAACUCGGAAAAACCCUUCCUGCUGUUUUUCUCCUUCAUCCAAGUGCACACGGCCAUGUUUGCUUCUGCUGCGUUCAGAGGAAGCAGCCAACAUGGCAUCUAUGGGGAUGCUGUCCACGAGGUGGACUGGAGUGUAGGUAAAAACAAACCACAUGAUUUAUUUUUUGAGUUUCUGGGCUCUAUUUUCGUGCCUCACCGGCGGUGUGGUGUAGGCAUGGUGAAAGUCAGGUCCGCCGCGCUAACAAGGCGUGCCCAAGCACAUUUUGGUAUUUUGAUGAGCGCCGUAAGUAUCCCCCCUCCCUUUCUCAGCUCCUCCCAGCGGCGUAAGUCGUAGAGAGGGAGGGGAUAAGGUGUAGAGUGGGUUUAACACAGUCAAGACCUGUUUUCACCAAUUACAUCAGCUCCUCUCCUCACCCUUAAAUCCGCCACCGGCAAGGUGUAUUACUAUUUUCGUGCAGUAGUCAAAGAGAUCAAGAGAUGUCUGAAGACAGUAAUGCCACACGAUGGCGACAGAAGGCAGCUCCUCAACAAGUGUUGCUGUAAGUGCUGCAGAGGGCGUCCUCCACACUGUCUCAUAUAAGCACAGAUGGAUUUGGUGUGUGUAAUGUUGGACCCACUGGUAAGACAAACACCCUUUUCCACAAAUAAAGACACUCACAUAAAGUUGCACAUAUUUAAACCCCACAUGAAAAAGGUGGGUUGUGCGCACAGAUCACAAUGUAAAUUCCGAUAAUGGCAUUAAAAUUGGAACCAUCUGUGCGUGAAUGACGCAUCGCGCCACCACGCCCAGCUUGGCGGACCUCAGUGCGCCUCAGUCUAUGAAAAUACCAAACUGGCUGUGCACAGGGCUCCACCAGACGAAAAUACCACUGCGCGGGGUCCGCCACCUUCUGCCGCGCUGCCGGCGGACAAGAAAAUAGAGCCCUCUGUGUUUCCCAGUUUAGUCCAUCUUUUUAUUUGUCUGAAGAAGAAAAAAAUUAAAAAAGAAGAAAAGAAAUGAAAAAGAACUUUAUUGAUCCCUGAAGGGAAAUUUAAUAGAAGAGGAAGCCAACAGGCCUCGCCUUUCUGCAAAGAUACAACAACAAAACCAUAAAAAUUAACAACACAGUUAUGACAAAAGAGGGUUUUUAAUGCUCAUCAACACUCAUCCUAAGAUUUUGAGGGUCUCCAAAUCACAUUGAGCUGUGAAGUUUUUCUACCCCCUGAAGAGAUGAGUGAAGUCUGCAGGGUGGGAGCAUUUCAGGAGAGACCGAACUGUUUUUCAAAAUGAUGGAUCACCUGUUUGCAGUUUUUAAUUAGUUUAAUCUUCAUUUAACCAAGUUAGGCCCUUUAAAGUAUCAAGUUAACGGACAUGAAACAAGUCCUCUGAAUGGGUCUGGUUAUUGACCGUUUAGCCCCGCCUCCUCCUGUCUGGGUGGAGUUAACCCUGCAUUAAAAAAAGACCUUCUUCAAAAUUUGAAGAAAACAUCUGUACCGUCUAUAGUUCCAGCUUCAUACAAUCAGAUUUAUUCUGCUGCUGUCAGUCCAGGAUUAAGAGAAAGAACUAGAGCUUUAAAAACACAGAUGAACGAAUCGCAUUUUCUCUCUGGCAAAACAUUCAAAUUCUCUUACUGUGUCAUCCAUACUUCAUGUUCCUGUUUCAACAUUUUAUGAGAUGUACAAGAAAUAAUCUGAUUUGAGAAAGAGCGGAGGACUUCAGUCAAAAGACAUUUGUUCUUAAUUAAGAUGUACAAAAGAGUCCUUCUGCAGGUAAGCUGCCAUACUCACAUCAGCUGGUCCUUCUUCAUUAAAACAUUGCUGAAAGGAUGUAAAAUAGUCCGCUCUCAUUCUGUCUUUCUGUUCAUGUAAUUGCUGCACAGUCUCAAGGACGGCCUCCGCACAACAAGAACCCACAAUGGACUGAAUAAUUUUCCUAAUGAACAUGUAAUUACUCCAAUUAUUUUAGCUGGAGGACUAUUGUAAGAGCACACAGGAGGAGGGCAGUAAUUGUGGUGUGUUUCUGCGGCUGAAUAGACACUGACUGUUUUUCAUCAUGGUUCAUUUAUUUUAAUUCUGAUGCUCUUUGUCCACAGCUGCAGGAUUUGUGAAGAGAAUUAUAGUGAAAUUUGUCUGACCUGUGAGGGUGAAGAGUUCAGUCCGCUGGACGUCUAACCACAUCCGACAACAUCUGCAUGUUAUAGAUUGGAAUUAUAAUAUUUUUUUUUCAGGACUUUUGUCGUUAUCGCUAGAAUUUCAAAUCUUUUCGUGAUACAUUUUUUUAGCCCGUAUCGCCCAUACCUAGCGCACUGUGCCGUCUUUAAGUAGCUGUAUUUACAUGUAGAUCGGCUGUAGAUGUAAAUUCUGAAACACUUAAAUUUAAAACAUUUAAAUUUUGCUGUUUUACAUAUUAGUAAAUAUUCAUGCUCAAAUUUACUCCCAGGAAAAAAAAUAUGAUUUUGGAAAAAGUUUCACGGAAAACAAAAGUUUAGAUUUUUGGAUUUUUAUUUAUUGUAACAAAUUGAAUUUUAUUAUGAAAGUCUCUAAAGCCUGAAAAUGUGAAAAGAAAUUAAAACAAAGUUUAACCUGACAAGCAUCGUGAAUGAAUCUUAGAGAUGAAACAUUCAGGAGAAAAACACCAAAGUGUGUCCAAACACUGACAGCUUUCUGUGGUGUUCUUUGGUGUUUUCAGGUGAGCUCAUGCGGACUCUGGACCGACUCAAACUGACAGACAAUACUCUGAUGUACCUGACCUCAGAUCAGGGAGCUCACCUGGAAGAGAUCUCAGCUCGAGGGGAGGUGCACCGAGGCUGGAACGGGAUCUUUAAAGGUAGUGAAGAGGGAUUGAGUGUUUUUAGACAGAUUUGUUUUAAGGGAAGUAUGUAAAGUGUGGUGCUUUUCCCAACACAGAAACAGCAUACAGGGAUGCAUUUGCAUGUAUAGAUGGAUGUCUGUAUGCAUAUUAGAAAAAGUUCUCUUAAAGUUUAAGGUUUCUCUGCUGGGGGUGUUACUUUUUACACAGCAGCUGGUUUUCUUUAAUGUCCUUCACUAAAUGUCAUUUGCAAACAUCACAAUCAUCACAAUUUCUCUUUCUUGCUUGCCCCAUUAAAUUACUUCUACUACUAACUACUACUAAUACUAAAACUAAUUCAACAACUACUUCUACUGUGACUAACUAACCCUAUGCUUUCAAUGACGACCACUGCUGAUUAUAAUCCAAACUCCAGUCACGUUACCUGUGUAAUGUGAGGUCUUGUUUGUCAUUGGUCACGUGGGGCUUCGUCGGACACGCCCCCUUCAUUCGCCUCGAAGCCUCGGCGUCAAACGUCCCACCGCUACACUAGGGCUGUAAAGUCCUAGUCGACUGGUCGACUUAUUGGUCGAUACGUGCUGAUUCGACCAAAAUUCGAAUUGGUCGACUCAAUAUUUUUCCGCAUCAAUUUACAGUCUAUGGUAAAUCAUCAUCAGGAGGAACGUACCAAGUGCUAAUGGGGGUGUUUUCAGAGCUUACAGCCUGUUUCAGAACACCUCCCUUGUUUUCACCAUUUUGGAUUUGCCCAACCCAAUGGAGAGCGUCCAUGUUGAUCAACGUCAGGUGGUUUGCUGAAUAUAAUAUUUGUGUUAAUUCCCUUCUUGUGCUGACAAUAGUAUAUUUUUACCCUACCAAUCCGCGCUCCGCCGGCAGCGUAGUCGCCCGCCACAGAAGGGUGUAGAGUUGGAACACGCCUCCCUGAUUGGUCAAUUUUUGGUGGAAAAUUUCAGGGUUUUGGUCGACCAAGAAUUUCUUUGGUUUAUUAAAGCCCUAGUGCACACCACAAUUGUUUGCAUCCUCCAUAAAGGAGAUGCAUAUUUAUUUGUGAUCAAUAAUUCAAAGUUGUGUUUUGAUUUUGUGUCUUUACUGGCUCUUGAGCAGGAUUAUAAGGACACCGUUUCCUGACUUGUUCCUAAACUUUUGGUUGAAUUUUUCAGAGCAGUUCACAGCAUGGAUGAGAAAUGUUUAAUUCAUAAGAAUGUGUAUUUAUUAACCUGUCAGACUGAAAGUGAACGUGUUUGUCUUCAGCAUAAGUUAGGGUUUUAAGAUGAGAGGAACUGAGUUCAGAUCUGAUUCAAAGAGAGUCUUGUAAAGCUGAGCGCGUCUGCCAUGCUCUUUUAUCUCUGCCAGUGGCCCGUCUGAAGAUUCAUGUUGUUCCUUUGGUUAAAAAGCCGGCUCUGUUCUGAGACCAGACAUGCUGAGAAGCUUUCAUGACUCUGUUCUCCUCUUUCCUCUGAGCAGCAGGGAAGUCCACAAACUGGGAGGGAGGGAUCCGGGUCCCGGGGAUCCUUCGUUGGCCUGGUAUCAUCCCGGGUGGCAGAGAGGUAGACGAGCCCACCAGCAACAUGGAUGUGUUUCCGACAGUGAUGCGGCUGAGUGGAGCGUCAGUCCCAGAGGACAGGUGAGGACGCAGGGCUCCUCAAACAUGUCAGUCAGAGCGAGUGGAGUCUAAAAUCUGGGUCAUAUUUAAAAGAGAGCCACUCUGCUCCUCUCUGAGCUCUCAGUGAGUCAGAACCAGAGGAAAUCACGUUUGAAAAUGAAGAGGGGGUUUUAAGGUAAUCCAUGAGCUUUCAUCAGCAGCUGCUGGGUUUGCAUGUCUCAUUCAGUUGUUGUUUUCUCUCCACCCCUUUAGGGAGAUUGACGGCCAUGACCUCAUGGAUUUACUUCAGGGGAAAGUUCAAAGGUCAAAACACGAGUUUUUGUUCCAUUACUGCAGCAGCCACCUGAACGCAGUUCGAUGGCAUCCUCCAAACAGUAAGUCCAUCUGCACGAGAGGAUUUCCACACACAGAGACAAACAGUUAUACUCCAGCCUGCAGCAAAGAAACAGCCUGUAUUGUAAUUAAACAGAUUGCAGCCAUUUAUAGCAUAAAGUGUCUUUGUUUGUACUAAUUGUUUCAAGCCCAUAAAUGCUCACUAAGUUCUGCAGCUCUGUACAGUUUGCAUUAGAUUGUGACUUGAAUGAACUAUCAGUAUCUCCACUCUUUGCUGCACAGAGCUGCUGUGCACUCCCUUCCUGAAUUAUAUCCACAUAUGCGAGAGACAUUUCUUACCUUUUCAUGAAAGACAUGACACAAAUGUCACAUUUUGUAGGCAACUUCAGGUAACACUUUAUUUGACACCUAUCUCUAUAACGCAUUAUAAGUAUAUGUAUAAUGCAUUAUAAUCAGGUUAUAGCACUGUAUAACUAUAGUUAUAAACACUAAUAAAUGCUUUAUAGCAGUGGUUCUCAAGUCCAGUCCUCGAGGCCCACUGUCCUGCAUGUUCUGGAUGUUUCCCUGCUCCAACACACCUGAUUCAAAUGAUCAGCUCGUUAGUAAGCCACUACAGAGCUUGAUAACGAGCUGAUCAUUUGAAUCAGGUGUGCAGGACAGUGGGCCUCCAGGACUGGACUUGAGAACCACUGCUAUAAAGCAAUAAUCUUAACACAUUAUUAUGCAUUUUAUCAUGAUUUACAAGGUAAGGUAUUAUAAUGUGUUAUAACUGUUAACAACAGUUGCAUUCCAUUAUCUAUGUGGGCAUUGUCAGUGAGUUGUUAACAGUUAGUUGAAAACGUUUUUCUGGUCUGAGUUUGAUCAGUCGGUCUUCCUGUCAGCGUAAAGAGCAGUAGCCUACAGUAUAUCUACAGUAUAUAGUAUACUGUAGAUAUGUACAGUGUAUAUAUAUAUAUUUUUUUAAAUUUAAAAAAUCGGCCGAUUAAUCGGUAAUCUGAUUUUACUCCCCCCUAAUAAUCGGUAUCGGGCCCUAAUUGUUACACAAUGCUUUAAUGUGAUUAUAACACAUUAUAAAUAUGUUUAUAAUGUGUUAUAGAGAUAGGUGUCAAAUUAAGUGUUACCCAACUUCCUUUUGGAGGUACUCAUCACCAACUCACUCAAGUUUCCCAUCAGCUGUGGGGAGGUGCUAGACUCCCGACAGAAAGGAGCCUACUUUGCCCUUAAUGCAUGCAGAACCGCAAAUCUACACAUACGCAAACAACUCCAGUUUGCAGUGCACUCAAACCACUUUGAAAUAGAGAAUGUUUGUGCUCAUUUGCACAGAUUUAGCAGGCAGAGAACCAAUGCAAUCCUUUUGUGAAUGAGGCCACAGUUUUUCAGGGUUAGGACCCUUCAAAGUAGGAUUAUGAUGUGUUUUAACCUGGGCCUUGUUUUGCAUCAGGCUGUAGAAGUAGAUGAGCUGCAAGGAAAUCCAGAUUUUGAUCAAAGUGUGAUGUUAAAAGUUCCUGUUUUUGCCCCUGACAGGCUCAUAUUGUUCUUCUCAAAGUUCUAUUGUCAAAUUUUACUGAAAUUACCCCUGCAGAAAUGGAGCUCUUUGUUUAGGAGGUAGACAAGUUUUGAACAGCUGUUAAAAAAAACACAAAUUUUACUUACUUAAUUCGCUGGUGACUGCUGCCUUGUCACCAGUAAUUUUUUUCGUAUUAAUUCGAUUCAAAAAUAUGCCAUGUUGGUUUUAAAAUAACUAUUAUGACAAAAACUUCUUUAUUGGCUCAAAAAAAUCUGCCAAGUUAGGAUGUGGUAGACCUGCAACUCCUCCAUCUUUAAGGGUAAAAGGAAUCUGUAAAAACAGAGCCCAGGUUAAAAGAUAUCAGUUUCCUAAUUUAGUGCACUCUUUUAAAGCUCUCCCUAAAAUCCACUUGAAUUGCCUGACCAUGUUUUAAUCACUGUCUUUAGACACAAAGCUCUCUGCAACUCGGAUUUGAAGACUACAGCACAAAUACGAUCUUUAUUCUGAUUAUUUCGCUAUCACUGUUUGUACUCGUGUUUUCUUCAGGUGCCUCAGUGUGGAAAGCUUUCUACUUCACACCGAACUUCUACCCAGAGAACGAGACGGCAUGUUUCCACACGCACAUCUGCUUCUGCGAGUCAGGCGACGUGACCUAUCACAAUCCUCCGCUGCUCUUCGACCUCUCCAGGGACCCAUCAGAGAGCAACCCACUGACUCCCGACAGCGAGCCCGCCUUCAGCUCCAUCCUGGCCGUGAUGAACGAGGCCGCGGAGACACAUCAGAGGUCGGUGGCGCCCGGUGAGAGUCAGCUGACAGCGGGGAGCGUGCUGUGGAGGCCCUGGAUGCAGCCCUGCUGCUCCUCUUUCUCACAGCUCUGUCAGUGCGAGCAGGACCAGUAGGAGCGGACUGAUCUACACUCCUCACAGGACUCCAUAAGACUGUCACAGUUUCUGUUUUCAGCGUAAACGUGCUAACAGAGCUGUCACACACUCUCUCUUUGUGUGUGUGUGUGUGCAGCUCUUUACAGUAAAGUCAGCUGCUUGAAUAAUGACGGUAAUAAAGCAGCUCCUUCAGCUGGCCUGUUUCCAGACUGAGGGCUGAAUUUUCCAACAAGACGAGCUGAAACAACAGCAGCCGUAAACAAAAGCGGGGAAUCUCUCGCCCCGGGUGGAAACUGUAAUUUAAGGGAAGCCUUAAUGGAGCCUCAUUAGCAGAACCAGCAGGUGGGAUUACAUAAGAGCAGCAGGGAGACGCUGCAGGAAACAUCUGUGUGUGUUUGUGCUGUACACAGGGAAGCUAUUUUACAUGUUUGUUUUUAUGUGUAAACGACGAGUUUGAAUGCUCCAUUACUGCAGAGUUUGUGAUCAGAAUACAGCGGAGGAAGGUUUUCAUAAACAUAACCACUCCUGAUCCUUUAGAGGUUCGAACUAUCUUUAUUUAACUUCACAAAGACAUGACGACAGAACCCCUGGAGUUUGAAAAAGUUUGGAGCCCCUGCCCACUGAGCAAAAAACGGCUAUGAGACGUCUAGUUUUUUUUAGACCUAAUUUCAACCGUCAAGAUUCUUUAUAUUAUUAGAUGGAAUUUAGACGUUGCACUUUAACUCAUUAUUUGAUAACUAUUUAUUUCAAAAAGCAACUGUGAGUUGCAUAACUGUUUACCAAGUACUCACUAGGCUACAUUUAGAUGUCUGUUAGACCUCUUUUAGACCAUAACAUGCUCAGUAGGUGGACGACUCUUUGACCUUUGUGAGUGAGCUGUUUGACACAGACUCUUCAGGGCAGAGAUGGGAAUUGUGGAGUCACCAAGUCAUCUCCUUGUCAUGUAUUUGUUCUGCUCAGUUACUGAACCAGGUGCCUUCACUAAUGAGCUCACCUUUCUGGCU